UGGAAUAUGAAGUGAAUAAAAUGCUCCAAAUAAAAGCCCUAUAUAGCCUUUAAUAAAGAGAGGAAAGUGGGGGAGUUUUCAUGGAACAAGACGCUGCCGCUGUGCUCUUGCUCCUCUUGUGUCAGCUGCUGCACCUGCACCCCGCCGUUGAGGCGGCCCUCAACCAGAAUGGAUUCAACAUCGAAGGUAAACGCGCUCUCUUUUGCUUGCUUGGGGUACAACCCUCGCUCGUGUGUGUGUCCCCAGUGUCCGCUCUCUUUGCCUUCAAGCAGAGCCUGGUGGAUCCGCAGAACGCAAUGUCGGGAUGGGAUAAGAACGCCGUUGAUCCUUGCUCCUGGAUUCACGUCUCUUGCUCCGAGCAAAACGUCUCCAGGGUGUAUGUGUGCUUGCCUUGUCUGGUCUCCAACCCUUUGUUCCUUGCCUGCAGUGAACUCCCGGGGUUGCAGCUAUCGGGGCAGCUCUCGCCUCGCCUCGCCGACCUCGCUAACUUGCAGUAUCUGAUGCUUCAGAACAAUAACCUGUCCGGGCCUAUUCCCCCCGAGUUUGGAAACUGGAGCAGGAUCAUCAGUGUCGACCUCUCCAACAACAACCUUAGCGACCCCAUUCCUUCCACCUUGGGCAAGCUACAGACGCUGCAGUACCUGCGGCUCAACAACAACAGCUUGAGCGGAGCCUUCCCCGUUUCGGUGGCCACCAUCAGGGCUCUCGACUUCCUGGACGUGUCCUUCAACAACCUCAGUGGGAAUGUGCCCAAUGCGACAACAGCCAACCUCAAUGUCAAAGGCAACCCUCUGCUGUGUGGCUCCAAGACGAGCAGGAUAUGUCCAGGAGACCCUCCUCGGCACCUGGAGCCAUUGAGCCAAAGAGUUGGAUCGGGUGGGAGUGCAAGCCGGGGAGCUCUGGCGUCGGGACUGGCGGUUGCUGCAUUUCUGCUCGCGUCUCUCUUGGCAUUUGGAGCGGUGUGGUGGAAACGCCACCACAACCGUCAGGUCUUUUUCGACGUGAAUGAACAACAGGAUCCCGAGGUUGCCUUGGGGCAGCUCAAAAAGUUUUCCUUCCGGGAGCUCCAGACGGCCACCGAUAAUUUCGACAUGAAAAACAUCCUUGGUCGGGGCGGGUUUGGCAUUGUGUACAAGGGGACACUGCCGGACGGGACCCCUAUCGCCGUCAAGCGCCUCAAGGAGGGGUCCAGCAACGGUGGUGAGUAUCAGUUCCAAAUGGAGGUGGAGAUGAUAAGCCUAGCUGUGCACCGGAACCUUCUCCGCCUCAAAGGCUUCUGCAUGACGCCAACCGAGAGGCUGCUCGUGUACCCGUACAUGCCCAAUGGCAGCGUGGCGUCACGUCUCCGCGACUUAAUAUGCGGCAAGCCAGCAUUGGACUGGCCAACUCGGAAGCGCAUCGCCCUGGGGUCGGCACGGGGUCUGUUGUACCUUCACGAGCACUGCGAUCCUAAGAUUAUCCACCGGGACGUCAAGGCUGCCAACAUUCUACUGGACGAAGAUUUUGAGGCUGUGGUGGGGGACUUUGGCCUGGCAAAGCUGCUAGACCACCGAGAAUCUCACGUCACAACGGCUGUGCGCGGCACGGUGGGUCACAUUGCGCCAGAAUAUCUGUCGACGGGCCAGUCAUCGGAGAAGACCGAUGUGUUUGGUUUCGGCAUUCUUCUGCUGGAGCUAAUCACCGGGCAGGGAGCGUUCGACUUCAACCGCCUCCUCACCAACAAGGACGUGAUGCUUCUCGACUGGGUGAAGCAGCUGCAACACGCCAACAACCUGGAUCGAUUGGUGGAUGCGGAGCUCAAGGGGAACUACAACGCAGUGGAGCUGGAGGAGAUGGUGCAGGUGGCACUGCUGUGCACGCAGAUGUUUCCAGCGGACCGGCCCAAGAUGUCGGAGGUGGUGAGGAUGCUCGAAGGCGACGGCCUGGCCGAGAGAUGGGAGGAAUGGCAAAAGGUGGAGACUCGACGAAGCCGCGAGGCUCAGCUCAUACCACGCAGGUACUACGAGCUCGUGGAAGAUUCCAACUCCGACCUGGAAGCUGUGGACCUAUCGGGGCCAAGAUAGAUAUAUUUACAUGCUUCAGAUCCAUGUAAAGAAAGAGAGAGAGUUACGAUUUGA